CAAAAAAUGGCCCGUCGCUCUGCACCACCAAAUUCUGGCCCCGCCUACUAUAGCGGCGCUUCGCGCGGUGCGCUCUCAGACCCAAACGAGUCAGCCUUCUCUGCCUUCCUCCGCAACGAAAUCUUUGCACCGGAGAAGAUCCCAGGAAACCUGAGCAUUGUGACCGGUGUCACAGUGUUCCUUGGUGGCAUUGCGGCUAUCAGGACAUGGGGAGACAUACUCAUUCCUGCGUAAAGGAAGCACGAGAGAUGGAUUGUUGCAGGGCAUGAAGGCCCGUAGUCCACGUAGUUGCGGCUCUCGUAUAGCAUAGAUGCCAUAGCCAAGAGCAGAGAAUUGCGGAGGUCGCGCCAUCAGUAUUUGUGGCUGGGAUGUGUUCACGGAAGUUGGAGAACAGUCUCCUAAAAUAUCACGGCAUGUACCAUGUCCCUCAUGCUAUCGGACGUGCUUGUAUCGCACGGGAGUUCUGCGAGCCCGCGUCAUAUAAUA